CAACACUAACGGAGAAAAAGAAAAAAAGAAACCCGAAUCGAGAACACAGAUUAUACCCAACCUUCAGUUGAUGUUUGGGCUGCUGCCCUUCCGCUUGGCGACGCGCCUUCCCCUCCAUCUCCUCCAUCCCCUCCAUUCCCUACUGACCCUCUGCUGCUCCUACCUUGUAUGUGCACUCCUUCCCGCGCGACGUGCGGGCCGAAUGUGGACCCGGUACACACAGUGCACCGUAGCUGCAACAAGCGUCCGCACGGUGACGACGUCAGUGAAGCAACGACGCCUCCACGUGGGGAAGCUGUCACCUUCCUGUUGCGACAUCGCCGCCGUUGAACACGUCCCUAUCUGCCAUAUCUGGCACAUCCCUCAUAUCUGUCACAUUCUUCACCAUCGCAUCUUUCACAUCCGCCAAGUCUACCACAUUCAUCACGUCCACCGUUUCCGUCAUUAUUGCCGCAAUCCUCCAAACUUGUAUCGAGAACUCGAAACACCCCUCAUUAUGAGCGUCAAUAGCGUCAUCUCGGCGCUGCCCGCCUACAAAACACUCUCCGCCUUCGUCCACUCCGGCACCACCGACCCCAAGGCCCUCGACGACACCGUCCAGGAGUUCAAGGACCUUGCCAAGAAGGCCGAGUCUGAGAUCGAGGACUUUCUCUGGGACACGUACAAUGCUAUCUUCGCCGUCGCCAGCCAGACCCCUGCCGAAAAGCAAGGCCCCCUCGUCGAAUUUCUGCAACGCCUGCGCGCGACCACCGUCACCGCGUCGGAUGGGCAGCCUCUCAAGCUGAGCAACCAGGUCGUGUGGAAGGAUCUUCCCACCUUUGGAUGGGUAGCCCGUGACGUGUGGAAUUUCGAUGCUCUCGACUCAUCCGCAUCCAAGGAGGACAAAGCCAGCUGGGAUAACCUGACCGCGUUCGUCGCCCAGCUGACAGGCCGCGCCGACUCCGCCGACCCCCAGGACCCCUUCGACUUCUCUCUCUACGGCCUCUGGGCCCUGCGCACGGCCUUCGAGGAGGACCAUCCCGCCGACGCCGACGUCGCCGCAGCCGUGAAGCAGGCAUACCUGUGGAUCAAGUACUCGGGCGACGCUCUGCAGAAGCUGAGCGCCAAACCCCGCAACUUCGAGGGCAAGUCGGGCCAGGCUGGCGCCAAGUUUGGCGAACGAGAGUGGAAGGGUCUCAACGAAGAGAGAUGGGCCGCCUGGACAGAGGCGUUUGCGUCGGCGCAGGCUUCGUUGACGGAUGACGAGGUGAAGGGCCUUGCUGGAAAGGCUGCCGAAAGCAUGAAGAGUAAAUGAGCGGGUGGGGAAGAGACUUGAGACAUGAAGAAGGGACAAAGAGAAGAGGAUGACUGGGGAGCCCAACUAAAAAAAUCACGAAAUAAUGAGGUUUAAUACCCGGAUAUAGAAGAUGGAUAUUCUGAAAUCAAUUUCUACGAGCCUACGGAGUUCCGACAACAAGACGAACCCCACCAACUGCUUUUGCUCGACGGUUUUCCCGGGCCUGGAACAAAAACAAGACGAGUUGCAUCGGUAACGAGCCCAGUUCAACCUUCCUGGAGCUUCCACAGCGAAGCAAAGACGCCGCCCUUCUCGAGCAACGUCGCGGGGCGGUCGAACUCGACAACCCGUCCGUCUUGAAGCGUGACAAUUUUGUCAAAGUCGGCAACGGCCUUCAGGCGAUGGGCAAUGACGACAACGGUCCAGCCUUGAAAUUCGCUCCGGAUUAGGUCUUGGACGACUUGUUCCGUGGCCUGAUCCAAACUGUUGAUGUGUAUAUGUUAGUAGAAUGCUCUCAAGUCUACCAGGAACACCAAAAGUUUACCUGCUGGUCGCCUCGUCGAGGAGGAGAAUGCGACUAUUCCUCAAAACGGCCCUCGCCAUGCAGAACAGCUGCUUCUGUCCCGCGCUCAACCAAUCCGUCUUCAGAUCCGCCUCCAGACCGCCCUUGUCCUCAAACAAGGCCUUGAGGCCUGUCUUGUCCAGGGCGGUCCAAACAGCGUCGUCGUCGCGGGCGUCGAACGGAUCGAGGUUCCGGCGGACGGUCCCUGGCAGGAAGAGUGGAUCCUGAGGGAGCGCCACCAGCGACUCGCGGAGCUGGUUGAUGGGCACGCUCGCGAUGUCGACGCCGUCGAUCUCGAUGGUCCCGCUGGACGGGUCGUGAAGCCUGAGAAGAAGCGCGAUGAGAGUCGACUUACCGCUCCCCGUGCGGCCGCAAAUGGCCACCUUCUCGCCGGGGUCGACCGACAGCGUGACGUCGCCGAGAACCUGGUGGUCGUCGUCGUAUGCCGCCGAGACGUUCUUAACGUCGAUCUUCCCCUCGAUGGGCCACUCCUCGACGGCCACGGGAGUGUCCCCGUCCUUGUCCUGCUCCGACGGCGUCUCCGCCUCGAACUCCCUGAUCCUCGCGACGGCGCCCAGGCUCGUCUCCAGCGUGGCCCAGUUGUUCAGCAGCCCCGUUAGCAGCUGUCCGAAGCCCAUGACGCUGACGAGUGCUACGCCGAGCAGGCCCGGGUCGAUGGCGUCCCGCAGAGCGACGGCCAGGCCGACGAGCAGGACGGCGAGCCCGGCAACGACAAGAUUCAGCACAAGGAGAAGCCAACUCUGCAGGCUGCUCAUGGCGUAGAAGGCGCGCUGGGAGAGGUCGAGGCGGGCGAGAUUCUCGGCCUGGCACUCGGCCGUCCGGUCCAUGGCGCGGACGGUCACGAGGCCGGCGAAGGAGGCGAUGAAGUGGGAGAAGAUGGGCGACUUGGUCUCGAUGUCGAGCAGGCGGACCUGGCGCGAAGUCUCGAGGUAGACGCGUUGGAUGGCAUAGAGGACGGCGGCAAGAAAGGGGAUGGCGAGGGCGAGGUAGCCGGUUGCAACACAGGUAAGGAUCACGUCUGCGAUGGUUAGGGUGAGGCCUGCUGGGGUCAGUAAAGCGCAACCGGGCGUGAGUGAGAUGGUCUCGGGAGGCAUGGGGAGGUCCGUACUGUCGAAUGUGAGAAGGAAGGCGAUUGGGAGCGGCAGGUCGACGAGGUUCAUAUCCUGGCUGAAUCUGAGAGUGAAAAGGUGUGAUGUAUGAGCGAGUGCUCCGAGAUAUGGUAAGUGAAAUGGGCCAAGGGUAGGUUUACCGGUUGAUGACGACGCCAGUAUCAGUCUUGACAAAGAACGACAACGGGGCGCUGGAUGAUCUGUUAGUUUCCACCCCGAAAACACGGACAGUCCUUGGGCACGUUGUCACCCUCAGGAGACUCACGCGAUCGCAGCCUUCAGGACGCUGAAGUGAAGCCCCUUGGCCGAGUGGGGGACGACGAUGACGAGGAACCAGCUGGGCGACACACGGAUCAGCACACCCUGUAACAGACGACAAACGGGACGUGAUAACUAGACUCACAAAACCUCGGCCGUGAAGGUCACUUCCGUCAUGACGCCCCAGAGGAUGUAGACGCCCGCCCACAGGCUCACGCUCUGCUGUCCGCCGCCCUCGUUGGCCGCGACCCAGAACUUGACCCAGAGACCUGUCACAAACGUCAGACUAUCCAUUGUCCGCCAGAGAGCCGUUGGUUGAUGGGACACAAGGGUAUCUUACGCUGCAUGGUCCUGCAGAACGUCUGGAUGAGCACCAUGGCGAGGAACAGCGCGAACGACGGGAUCCCCAUGGAUUUGAUGUAGUAAAAGAGGGAGCUCGUGUUGGCGGCGCCGCGGGCCCUGGGGCUCGGCGAGGACCCCGACCGGCCGGCCGAGACGGGCUUGUCUCUCUGCGUGCCAUUCUGUUGCUUGGGUUGCACUGCCUCAGAGGAAAGCUUAUUGUCGUCGUCGCCAUCAGUGUUGUCGGUGUGGCCGCUCUGCUCUGAGACGUGGAGCGAGCUGACAUAACCCCCGUUCUUGCUCAACUCCUCGUACGAGCCCCGUUCGGAAAUGGUGCCGUCGGCGCCGAGAGCGACGAUGGUGUCGGCGUGACGGAGCCAUUGUGCUGUGAUGGGAGCAGUCAGGAGAAGCUUCAACUUCAAGCUGAUAAGAACAAAUGGGUUGGGUGUGUGACUUACCAUUGUGAGUUGCGAGGAUGACGGCUUUAUCCUUUCCGCGCAGGAGUCCCCCCGGGCCGAAGAGCGCGUGAAAGCACCUUGAGGCCGUGUUCGAGUCGAGGCCCUUGAGGUUGUCGUCCAUGAUGACGACCUGCUUCCCACUGUAGACAGCUCUGGCGAGUGCCUUCGCGUCGUUGUCAGCACCGAAAUCUGUUAUUCGACAGGAACUGGAGAUCUUACAACACGGUGCCUCUGCCCGCCGCUGAGGGCCGCGCCAGAGGUCCCGACGAGGGUCUCGUCGCCCUGGGGCAGCAGGCCGAGGUCCUCCUCCAGCUGGCAGGCCCGUAUGACCUUGCCGUAGAGGUCCGGAUCGUGACCGGCGCCAGAGCCGCCGCAAAUGUUGUCCCUGAUGCUCUGGUUGAGGAUCCAAGGGUCCUGGUCGCAGUACGCCACAUCGGCGGUCGCGGUGUGGUACUCGACGCUUCCGGCGAUGCGGUGGGUCUCGCCGGCGAGGGACUUGAGCAGCGUGGACUUGCCGGAGCCGACGGGGCCGACGAGGAUCGUCAGGGUCGAGGGGCAGAUGUCGAGGUUCAGGCCGUGCAGGAUCGGCUCGGCGGCGCGCCAGCCAAAGGAACCGUCCGAGACGGUGAUCAGCGGCUGAGACCGUGCUGGGCUUUCCGUCGUCUCUCCGUCUUGACCGCGUAUUGGGGAUCUCCGGGGCGUGAGCCGGCGGAUUUCAUCGCGCUUCUCCCUGACGAGGAACUCCUGGAUCCUGUCGAGACACCCAAUGGUGGAGCCCAGGUUGUUGGGGAUCAUGACGAGCUCGGUGACGGGGCUGAUGAGGAUGCCGAGCAGGCUGAGGGAGGUGAAGGCCUGGACGACGUUCAGGGGCGGGCCGCCGGACAGCUUCUGGACGACGGCGAAGGCGGCGAAGGUGAUGGAGGGCGUCAUGAUGGAGGGGAAUUGUCCUGGAAAGGGGUUAGGCCGAACAAAGAGAGGGGCAGGGAUGUCAAGAGAGUUCACGGUGGAAC